AUGGUGGCUGGUCACGAUGUCUCUGACGGCGUUGAUAGCGCCAACCAGCGAUACGAGCACCAAGGGCCAUCCGACAACCAUCAACCACACCCAACAUCGACCACUGCACUCUUGGGCGGAGAUCAAGGUAGCCCGAUGGCCCCAACCAGCAUGGGCAGACGCGGUCGGCGGACCCUGGGCACUUUUCUCCUCCUGAUAGUCGUGGUGCUCUGGACGACGUCGAACUUCCUUGCCAGCACUAUAUUCGCCGAUAACACUUAUUCCAAGCCAUACCUGGUAACAUAUCUCAACAGCGGCUCCUUCGUCUUCAUGCUGGUGCCCUUCGUUGGUGGGCGAAUUCACAGGCUCUGGAAGACGGGAAAAUUACGAGAUAUCAGAUCAUUUCAAGCACUAAUUCGGGAGUUUGAGCGUCCUGCGUCGGGAGAAGAGACACAGCCAAUUUUACGCUCCGAUAAAGAUGAAGGACUGCCACAAGAGACAAGAGAUGCAGGUGUACAGGAGCAACAUGCGACCACCGGAACCAAGCUGGGAUUCAAAGAAACAGCUAAGUUGAGCUUGGAGUUUUGCAUAAUAUGGGCAAACUACUUUGCCAUGGCAUGUCUUCAGUACACAAGUGUUGCCAGUACCACUGUCUUGACUUCUACAAGUGGUGUAUGGACACUUAUAUUCGGAGCAAUGAUCAAGGUUGAGAAGUUCACACUCCGCAAAUGUAUCGGAGUUCUUACGUCCCUCAUCGGCAUAUUUUUAAUAUCCAGAGUGGAUAUCUCUAGCUCAUCUGGCUCGAAGAAUGGUACUUUCCCCAAUAAGCCGCCUGGGGAAGUUAUUCUUGGUAACUUCAUGGCCGCAUUUAGUGCUGUGUUAUACGGAGUUUAUACCACUUUGAUGAAGAGACGGGUUGAAGACGAGUCACGAGUUGACAUGCGCCUCUUUUUUGGUCUGGUCGGAGUUUUCGCUUCUAUAAUCCUCUGGCCUGGGUUCGUAGUAUUGCAUUAUACUGGGGUCGAGCCAUUUGCCUUUCCGCCAACCAAACUUGUCUUCUUGAUCGUUUUGGUAAGUAUUAUAGCGACUGGUGUUGAAGUGAGAGCUGGAUUUUUAUGCUGA